GCGGAGGAGAUUGCCUCUGCUGGUACUCGUUGUCGUCGUCUUCCUGAUUGUCGUCUUCCUCCACGUGUGUUUUUCGUGGCGGCCGUGGAAACAACAACGCAAGAGGAGGGCUUCGACGAGGCGGGCGGUAGGCGAACGUCUAAUGGCGGGCAUGCACGCACGACUGGCUACUACCGCAGGUCAGGGAGGAGUUCGAUCUUUUGCGGCGGAGCCUCGAAGGCGGUACGACCCGUCCAUGUACACCCAUCUGGAGUCGUGGGACACGCCAUUGCCCCCGUCGGGCGAGGAGCCGGAGAAGGAAGAACUUUCAACGUUGCCUCUCACUAGCGGCUCGACUCAGUUGUGGUCGCAGACGGUGCGAGCAGGCGGGUCGGCUCCCGACGAAGGGGGCGAGUUCACGUCAUUGCUGCAUCAAGGCUUGCGGGGCGACGACGGCGGAGGAGUUGAUCUGAGGUUCGGGUUGUGUUCUGGCGGCGGCAAGGAGGCGAGUCGUACGUUCAUCAUCGACGGAGAUCGUUCGGCACGUGGCGUUGAGCAUGGUGAAAGUUUGCAUACGGAGCAGUCCACACUUCGUCCCGCUGCACCCGUGACUGGCGCGGUCGGGCCAUCGCCAGCGGGACGGCAGCAUAGAUCGACUGCUCCGUCCGUCCAUCGAUUGACACCGACCUGGCCCGCACCCCCCGGGGUGGCAGCAGGGCCCCUGCGCAUGGGCGGUGCACGUUCGCUGAUGCCUACGUGCACAACACCGAUCGAAUCCGGAGUGAGGGACGAGGGAACGAUCAGAGCGCCGGUACGUCCACGACCCACUGUGGAGAACAUAACACGUGGAGUGUCGAACAUGUGGGCACACAGCGAUGGAGGCAAAGACGACGUUGGAUUCGGUGACGACGCAGACGAAGGGAUGAGGGAAGACGUGGAAGCGGGGGACGACGACGACGACGUUCCAAUUCGGCCUUUGGGGAAGACGACUGGAAGGGGGAGAGGACGCGGCAGAGGUGGUGUCCAUGGUCGAUCCGUUGGCCGUGGAGGCAGAGGUGGCAGGUUUCAGAAUGCCAGCGGGCGGCCAGAUGUUUUCAGGCUGACGAACGAAGAGAGGAAGGAGCACAACUUCAAGUUCCGGAUGGGCAGGGCGCUGUACAACGAGAUCCAUGUAGGCAUGGUGGGGAACCACACGAUUUUCCCUCCCAACAUUGCCGACACCGGCAGUCCGGAUGGGGUGCAGCUGCCCAGGCGAGGAGCGGGUGGCGAGGAGUCUGUUUGUAGUGAGGCGGCCGGUGAAGGCUGCCCUGACGAGCGUUCUUCUGCGAGGGAGUCCGACAACAACGUAGGCAGCGGGGCGGGAGGCGGGAAGCGGAAGAACGCGUGUCAGCAGGCAUUCGAGUCCAUCUCUGAUGUCAUGGAACGCCAUGGCGCACUGAUGUCGUCGACGAUCGAAUCGUCUAGCAAGCGGCAAUGCAGCAUCUUCACGAGGCAAUGCGACAUAUUGGAGCAGGACGUUGCCGUCCAGAAAGCGCACUAUGCGGCGUCCGAUGAGACGCAGAGGAUGAUGUGCCAAGCAUUGUUGGAGAUCGCUGCCGCCAUCCGUGGUCGGUCGGCCAUCCGAGCGCUACACCGAGAUCGCUUGUGGGGGUCCCCAGUGAGCAUGUCUGCGCGAUUGAAUGCCCGUGGCAAGAAGCACGACGUCGCGCUUGACGAAACCCAAGCCCAGGGGAAAGGUCGGCGUCACAUCCCGAAGGCGAAGAGGCAACGUUUGGAUGAUGCGUCAGCAAGCGUGCCGCGUCGUGGUGCGCGAGGUUGGGCGCAGGCCGCGGAAGAGGUCAACGACGAUAAUUUCAUGAUGGAGGAUGAUCAAGGCGAGGCGACGGCGUCUGCAGGACGGGAGAGUGCCAGGCAGCGCACUCCGGAUCAGAGCGCUUCGAAGAGGAUGUCAACCCCUUCGCCGGAGGCGCAGCAGCUGCGUAUCCGCGAAACGUGGAAAGAGAAGGGUGUUGUGGUGGACUUUGGCGGCGAAGACGACGAGCCUUUGGAAAAACGUCGCGUGCGUAGUGCGACACAAGCGCCCACAGCGGCGGUGUCGACGGCUCGCGCUGCAGAGGACGAAAGGCCGAUCACAUGUGCACUGCCCUGCACGCCGUCUCAGCCGCGUCAGUGCAACGACAGUGGUGACGGUGCGUCUCGCCAACGAGGUGGCGGGGGGGGAGUCGUGGCAGACGCGCAUGCAGCAGGGGGCGAGGCGGCAAGUGGCGCGAGUGUGGCUGUUGCAGGUGUUGUCCCUUCCGUUCCGGCGGCGAGAGAGGAGGCUGCAGUUCCGACGACGGUGAGAGAGGAGGGUCGUGGACAGAACACGAACCAACGGGAUGGCGGCGAGGCCGCUUCAAGCCGGGCACGCAGGGGAGUCAAGACGAAAGACCUUAUCGACCGUGCGCUUCUUUGGGUGGAUGGCAAAUGUUUCUGGACAACGGGUGAAGGACGCAGACUUUACAACAUCGUCCACGAAACCAAAGAGCCUCGAACAAUUUGACCAGCCAAUAAGAAGGAAACAAAAAGAUGCGGGGGGAGAGUAUAUUUGAUUAUUCAAUAAACAGGAACUGCUCGU